ACAAAAAUGAUGCGGAGUGGGGGGCAGGCUUUGGGAAGAGGAGAAGUAGGCGGGGGAGCGGUGAAGCCGUUCUUCUCAUUGGUUUACAGCAACGUUUCCAAUUCGUUUUUCUACUGGCGCGCCAAAUAGGCGCGGGCGGUCUGUAAAUAUUUCUUCUUAGUAGUUAGUUGGCCGCUCUCGUCCCUGUGUCGAAACUCGGACUCCUCACUUUGUCUUUUUCCAGACCCCAGAGAGGGGGGGGGCGGGAAAGUAAAUACACUAAUGGAAAAAAAAAUCACUUUGCUUUAUAAAGUUCCCGUGCUCAGCGCGGUGUCAUAAUUAGCAUGACUUCUUCCCAACGCAAGGAUGCGGCUUCUACAGCAGCAUCCCGGGUUACUACUCUGCUGGAGGAAGAAGUCAAGAACCUGACUGAGGAGCUGAGCCAGUGCCAGGCGGAUAAAGAAUUUGUGUGGUCUUUGUGGAAACGUCUCCAGGUUGCAAACCCUGAUGUUACACAAGCAGUAAGCUUGGUUGUAGAAAGAGAAAAGCAGAAAUCUGAACUCAAGGACAGAAAGGUUUUAGAGAUUUUAAAAGUUAAAGAUGACAAAAUACAGGCAUUGAAACAGAGAACAUGCGGGCAGCAAGAGGAGAUAAAUAAUCUGGUAAAAAGGAAGAUUGCUGUAGAUGAGGAGAAUGUUGCCUUAAAGAAUGAGCUCUGCAUCUUACAACAGAAAUUUAAAGAUAAAAUCCAGGAACUUAAGGACACCGAGGAGCGUGCACUUAGAAAGGAUGAGCAAAGCAGACUUGUUAUAAAAAAUCUGGAGGAGGAAAAUGGGGGAUUAAGUACACGCUAUGCUGACCUGCUAAAUAACCUGGAGAAACUGAGGAAGCAGGAGGCACAAUGGAGAAUAGAAAAAUCUGGCAUCGAUGCAAAAAUAAAGAAUUUAGAAACUGAUUUAACAGAAGCAAGGGGGCAGAUGGAAGUCUUACACAGUAGAUGCAACCAACUGGCAUCCCAGCUGAAUGCUAAACAGACUGAGCUAACAGAAAAAGAUUUGGAUAUGGACAGAAUUAGGAAGGAGUUGCAGGAGCUGCAGAAUUGCUACAAACAAAACACUGAACAUGCAGCACAGCAGGCAGAGCUGAUCCAGCAGCUCCAGGCUCUCAAUAUGGAUACUCAAAAAGUCUUGAGAACUCAGGAAGAUGCUCACACAGCUGAAACAAUAUCAUAUCAAAAGCUUUACAAUGAACUGACUGUCUGUUUUGAGAAACUCAAAGCAAGUGAAAUUCAGCUCCGAGAAAAUCAAGUUUCUCUCCAGAACCAACUACUUGAAAAAGAUAACCAUAUCUGUCAGCUAGAAGAGCAGAUUCAACAGAACCAUAAUUCUGUAUCUUCACUAUCCUCUGAUAUAUAUCCAACACAGAAAAAAGAGGAUUUCCAUCAUUGUUCUUCAAGGAAGCUAGAACACCUCAUAACACCACAAAAGUCUGAAAUAAAGCUUUUGCAAGAAAAAUUGAAAAGAGCAACUCAUACACUAGCAGAUCAUACCCUUUGCAACAGAGAUUUCUUGGAUUGCAUCAGUGCUAGAGCUGUGAAAAAACACAAGGAACCACCUGUGAAACGUUCAAGGUCUCUGUCCCCAAGGAGCUUUUUGAAAGAGUCAGAGGAACUAAGGAAGCUUAAAAUAGCUGAAAGAAAAAUUGAAAACUUAGAAAAGGCUCUACAGCUAAAGAUCCAAGAAAACGAUGAGCUGGGGCAAGUCCAUGAAAAGCGAAGAAAAAGGCUACAGAUGUUACAGACCAACUACAGAGCAGUAAAAAAGCAAUUAAAGCAAUGGGAGGAAGGCUAUAGCAAGCCUGGGAGGAGUAAAAGUGGAAAGGAGUGUUCAGAUCCUCAGCAUCUGUGUCAAGAAGAUUCUGAUGCUACAUGGAAUGAGCUGGCAUAUUUCAAAAGGGAGAACAAAAAGCUAUUGAUUGAAAAAUUUAAUUUAGAAGAGGAAUUUGAUCAGAUGAAAAUAUACACACGUAGGGAUAAAGCCGCAAUACAAGAACUGAGUAUGUGCCUACAACAAAAACAAGAAGAGCUUCUCUUUGGCCUUGGUGAAGAGAAUGGAGUCAAGAGCAGUACUCCCAAGAAGAAUGUGAAAGAAACGUCAGCUCAGACAUUACAAAAGGUGUUGCAACUGGAAAGAAGGAUAAAGAGUUUUGAGAAAGAAUCCAGAACAAUGAAAGAAGUUAAUAAAGUAUUAAUUAAGGAUAAAAGUGAUCUGAAAGCAUUGCUUAAACAGCACCAAGAGGAAACAGAGGCCAAAGAGAAGGAGCUGGAGACACUGCUGGAAAAAAUCACAGAACUAGGGAAGGACAAAGCAGAGCUUCACUUAAUGAUAGAUGGGCUGGAGAGAGAGGUCACCUCUCUGAAGAGGCAAGUAGCAGAAGCAGACUCAUUGAGAAAUGAAAAUGAAGAUCUGCAGAGUAAAGUGAAACAAUUGCAGAGCUCCCUGGACAGAGCAAAGAGAGUGGGCUCUGCAGCCACAGGUGAAGCAGCCCAUGGGCAAUGGAGAUGUAAGAGUGCCACUGCCAAAGUUAAGUUGAAAACAGGAAAGAAAAAGAGUUUAGUGCAACAUCACCAGUCUCUUCUCAAUCAGUCCAUCAAGGUUACAAGCAGUGUAUUUGAGAACUUCAGUAAGGAUGGCUGGGAAGAUAUGACUGAAAGCAGUGAUUCUGAAAUACUGACUUCUGAAGACCUGGGGGAUAAAACAACGCGGAGUAUACCUUUGACAGACAAAAAUGAUCAGCAGGACCAAAAACAAGAGAAAAAUAAUAAAAUGCCUCCAGAUACUGUGCAUUUAGAAGGACAAAGCAAGUUACAUCACAAAAAGCAAAACAAAAAUACAGAAGUAGUUCCUUUCCAAAGAAGGACCCAAAAGUCAGCAGUCAGACUUAGUAAAGUCAACAGAAAGAAGAUGAGGGGUAUUGUGAUCCAGAAGCCUGGCUGCUCCAUUUCACUCUGGGGACAGUUUGCGGCCUUACAGCAGCAGUUGGCUGUCCUACAGAAUUCAAGAACAACUGCAGUAUUAUCCCUCAGAAAGUCAAGAGAAGCAAAUAAAAAGUUAACAGCUGAGCUACACGUAGCCAAGCAAAGACUUCAGGCCAACAAACAGACAGUUCAGACCCUUGUGUCCAACCUGACUGAUUUGCAGCAAGAAAAAUCAGGUUUGAAAGGAAAAUUGGACCACCUGACCCAAUCGAUCAAACUGAGAGAGGACCCAUCUCCUAUGACAUUUGGCCAUUCUGGAACAGCACCAGCAAUUCCACUGAAGAAUGUAGAUUUGGAAAUAAAGCAGCUGCAGUGUAAACUGAAGACUGCAAAUAAUGAAAUCACUAAACAUUUGUCAACUAUUAAAAUGUUGAAAUAUGAAGUCCAAGGAAAGGAAGAACAGCUGCGAGAACGGCAGGAAAAGAUUUCCCGAAUGGAGAGAGACAUAACUAUGAAAAGGCAUUUAAUAGACGAUUGGAGACUGCGUAUGAAAGUAAAUCAAGAAAAGGCGAAAAGCUUUAAAGAAAUGAUACAAACUCUUGAAGAAAAGGUAAAGACACUGACUGAAGACUGUUCAAACAAAAAAACAUCAAUUGAUUCACUAAAACAGAGGCUUAAUGUAGCUUCAAAAGAAAAAGCACAGUAUGAAGAGAUGUAUCGCAAAGCCAAACAGGAGUUGGAGAAAAAGGAGAUUAAACUUGCCACCCUAGAAGGUAAAAUGUCUGAGGCUGAAUGUGCCAUGACUGAACUGGAAACGGCUGCCUCUCAACAACUCCAUGGCUUGGCACGGCAAAGUGAGCAGGCCCUUGAAGUAGUGCAGAAAAAGCUGAUAAUGUCCAAUGAUAAAGUGGAGGAGUUUGCUACCUUUGUAAAGACAUUGGCCACUGAGCUGCAACGUAAUGUGAAAGAAAUGCGGACACAUGUCAGAUGUAUUAAAAAAAUGCAACAGAACAAAGGAUACGGUGAUGGAGUAUCCAGAGAAUCUGUUCACCGAGCCCAGCACUUGGCAGCAUCUAUCCUGAAUAUUUCAAAGAGUGAUUUAGAUGAUAUACUUGAUGUUGGAGAUGAGGAAACAGAACAGAUAAAAAUGGAAUAUGAAAGUGAUAGAGAAUGGAUGGGCUACAUACAGAAGCUUAUUGAAGGACAGUUUCCUUUUGCUUCAUAUUUAAUGGAUGGAGUGCUGGAAAAACUAAAUGAGCAGAAGAAGCUGGCAGAAGAAUAUAGUUCUCUUGUGAAACAAACGACCUAGGUGCUGGUGAAUUCAGUUUUCAAAGUGAGGAAGGGCUCUCUUUUUUGCACUUUAAUGCCAUGCCUGACACUGAUUCACAGCAAGGGCUGAGUCACAGUUGAUGGUAGCAGGUAUAUUGGCUGCAUUUACAUAGCAUUUGUGAAGUAUGAAAUUGAGAUUCACAUCUUCAAGUUUGGGGUAGAUACACAUCACACCCAGGAAUCUCACCUCUUGUAAGGUACAAAGCAGCCUGAAUAGAAAGGAAGUAUCAUUGAUAUGGGAUUUACUUCUAAGAAAAGCCCAAUGUAAAAUUUGGCUGUAAAUCUCCUUUCUUUUUCUGUCAUCCAUUCAUUCUGUACCAGGGCAGGCAACUUGCUCCUCUCACACCAUCUUUGCAGCCCUCCCUGAGCCCUUCCACCAUGGAUUCAGGCACCUUGGCCCUAAUUUGAGCCGAACUGGAAUUUUGGUAGCCAUGGCAGGUUUAUUAGCAAUUCCUUGUUGCAUUCCAGUGGCAAGGCAGCCCCUUGGCUGCAAGAGGUUCCCCACUCCUGCUUUCUACAAAGUGUGUAAGUAUUAGUACUGGGACCAUUUGAUUUUAGUUUUUCUUCCCCAGUUAGAAAUAGUACCAUCAUUUGAUUGCCUUAAAGCAAUGAAAACAGAAAUGUAUUUUCCUAGUAGAAAACAAGAUACAAUGUUAGUAAGUUUCUUAGAAACUAUUAUUAUACAUGGAAUACUUUUGAGCACAGCCUAUUAGGAACUUUGGCAGCUUCUGUCUGCUGUGCCAUACAAAGAAAAGACAUGUCAAUUUUAUUGUAAUUCUUUUGAAGUUAUGGGGCCAAAUUUGGUGUCUUUUGAAAAAUCUAACCAUUGCUAAGACUAUAGGUAAUUUCCUUUUUGUGCAAUACAUCACCAAAAAUGUGGGAACUGAGAAACAAACAGUGGUUAUUGGAGAAGUUUUAAGACGCAUUGAACAGUCACGUACUUUAUAUUCUCUACAAUAGUGAAAGAAUAUAUCCUGUGUGCAAUGUACUUAAUUGUUUUAUAU